GAGAAUCAUGUCUUUAAUCCUAAUCCCCAGAUCACCAUGAGGCGGAGGUCUCUGCUCUACAUCGUCAACUUCUUGCUGCCCGUCCUCUUCUUCUUGUGUCUGGACUUGGCCUCCUUCAUGAUCUCAGACAACGGGGGAGAAAAGCUCAGCUUCAAGGUCACGGUUCUGCUCGCCAUCACGGUGUUGCAGCUCAUCCUGAACGAAAUUCUGCCUUCCUCCUCCAACAGGGUCCCACUCAUAGCGGUUUACUGCAUUGGCAUUUUUACUCUGAUGAUGCUCAGCCUCCUGGAGACUAUUCUGGUGAUGUACCUUAUAGAAAAAAACUCCCAAGACUGCGAAACGGAUACAAACCAAAGUGCAAUCCAGGAAUCAAACAAAAAGAGUAAAGGCAACUUUCACAGCUGCCACACAG